ACGACCAACCUGAAAGGUUGCCUUUCCUUGUCUGAAGCGGUUGUAGUACACACAACGCGGGACAUAUCGUGGCAUUGUUGGCGUCGUGUAAUGGUUAGGCGUCAAAAAAGAUGAUCGCUCACAAGAAUGACGAGGCUGCUGGUCUUGCCCACGACACCACUAGCAUCGAAUAUAAUGUCGACAGUGUCCCAAGAUGCGUUUGCUUCAAUUUUUAGCCAACUUUGUUCAAGAGCUCAGUUAACGUCCGCCACGUGAUCCAUCCAUUGAAUGGAGAUAGCUAACAGAAUCACUACUGAGCUCUCAUAUCUACCAUCAACGACGUUUCCUUUGUACACCCGUCUUUCGACCAGCAGAAAACCCACACCAAACGCACCAUCAUGCGACACCCUUCUACACUUGUGCCCAUCGUAGCUUCCAUAGCAGCCUUCGUGCUAGUCUUACUGGCUCUCGUCGCCGGUUCUAGCAAAGGCUUCAUGGAAAGCUACGACGUCGUCACAUUCAACACGUCAACCCUUGGACAGAACCUUGUCUACAAGCAACUUAGCGGUGAUCAGCCUGGCUCAGCGGCUGAUGGAGUAUGUGAAAAGCUGGGUUUUCUCAGCAAGGCCUGCGAAGACGCUACUAGUGCGGUCGGAGACGCAAAAGACGACCUGUUGAACGCCCUAGGCGACAUUGAGAACGAUAUAGCGGACCAACUAGCAGAGAAGCUGGGUAUUCAGGAGUUCUACUCUCUUCAUGCGAGAACUGUCUGCGAGGGCGAGUACAGCCCCAGCCCGACCGCCAAAGGCGCCGGCAGGACUGUCGCUAAUUGCAUCGAGACAUUCCCUAACGGUUUCAACGUAUCCGACAUCCUUGACAAGGAACUCCGCGUCGGCCCCUUUAAGCUCACGCUAGAAGACAUUGGCUUCAGCGACGAAGUCCAAAGCGCCCUCGACACGCUCAACCGCGUCAUCAGAGCCUUCACCAUCAUCCUCAUCGUUGACGUUGUCCUCACCGGCCUCUCCAUGCUCGCGUCCCUCCUCGCCAUUUUCUUCCUCGGCAGAAAGGAACGGCCAACCCUCAUCAUCAAUGCUGUGCUCUCAAGCAUCGUCUUCAUUCUCGUCCUCAUCACUGGUGUCCUCGCUACCGUCGGAUCCCGGAUUGCCGCCUCAAAGGCGAACAAAUACGGAAAGGAUAUCGGCUUGAGCGCCAAGGCGGGAACCAAGUAUACGAUUCUCAUUUGGGUCGCGGUUGGGUUUUCAUUGCUCACAGUUGUGGGGUGGGGGUUCCAGGCGUUGAGGUAUAGGAAUGGGAAGACGAUGGGUAGCCGACACCAUGGGGCGAGAGAUAAGGAGGGGUAUAGGGACUCGGAGGAGAGUGCCAUGGCUCAAUCAAAUAGGCCGGUUUGGAAUGGUAGGGGUAUGAGGGAGGUGCAGUUUGCGAGGACGAGGUAGAGCAGGAGAGGAUCAGCUAGGCUUGGCUGUGUCUGUUGCAAACGAGUUGAGAGGUCUCAGUUGAUGAAGUUUGUGAU